ACGUGUUAAGUUUCCGACACUGCAGUCAGCAGAACAGCACAGAAUGCACAAAAGAAGUCAGUGAGCGACAGUGAGACACAAACAGUCAGUGCCAGUCAGUGGUGCCAGUGCUGGGGUUGAAGCACGAAGAGAGAAUUUUCGUUUUUCAGCGAUGUUGAUCGAAUUGAUACAACUCUUUAUUUAUGUUCUCGUUCGUUAACAGUGAAAUUUAAGCGAACUACUGUCAGUUAUCUUUCAUCGUUACAUUAUGCUACUGGUUAAAUUAUGCUAAAAUGUUAGUUGUACGGAAUUAUUCGUAGGUUAUGUUGCAUUGUUUUGAUUUUUAUUUCAUUAUUUAAACAAAACGAGAAAGUGUUGUUGCUUAAGCUACACAUGCAUUUAAGUUAUGGUGUAACAUGACUACGCUGGGUCAUUUGUGCAUAGAAUUAGCAUUUGUUUUGUUGGUUACCAAUUGUGCAAAGUGUGAUGAACAAUAUUAUGUUGAUUGUAGUACAUUAAGGAUGGGACAGUACAAAUGUCCUCAUCCUGAUAUCAUAAAUGAUUACAUUGAUCCACAGACUCAGCAACCCAGAGGAUGUACUAAAGAAAAUAAAGCAAAAGUUCUCUGUUUAGCAUCAGUUGGCAUAAACUGCACUGAGACUAACAACAGAACUUUUAAACGAGAUAUUCCCUGUAAAUGGACGAAUGGAUAUUCUUUUGAAACGGCUAUGCUUCUCUCUAUCUUUUUAGGAAUGUUUGGUGCAGAUCGUUUCUACUUAGGUUAUCCAGCAAUAGGUCUAUUUAAAUUUUGUACUUUGGGAUUCAUGUUUCUUGGACAACUUGUAGAUAUUAUUUUAAUUGCCACUCAAGUAGUUGGCCCUGCAGAUGGUUCUCAUUAUGUGAUCCCUCAUUAUGGAGCUGGUAUUGAAGUAAUAAAAAGUGACAACUGGACUUACAAAUUACCACAAGAUGAUUGGUAGCGUAAUCUUCUGCAUUCCGUGAAUUAUUGUGAUUUGUAAUACAAAGAGACUUAAUGAGAUUUUAAAUGUUAUUACUGGUGCUAAUUGUGUGUUUUGAAUGGAAUCAAAGUUGAAUGUGUUAAAAUGGUAAAUUGAAGAGCAUCGCACCAAUGUGAGAGUCAGAUCUGAAUAAGUGAAAUGCAGGAGAUGAAUUUGUCACAGUGACUAUGUGUAAGAUAAUAUAUUUUGCAGUGUUAAAUGAAUGCCAUCAAUAAAGUUUUGUUUGAAUAUAGUAACAGUGAAAUGUAUUGUUUUAAUCAUUCGUAGCUUCCUCCAGUGAUACUGUGCAUAGUUUCGUAUUCAGAGAUUGUCUAUUAAAAUUAAAUAAUAAUUUCUGAUUUCUGUUC